UUUCGCAACCACCUGCUGCCGUCUUCUUCCUCCCUCCCCUUCUCCCUUUCUUGUUUCGUCUCCUCGACCGGCCAACCGGCCGGCCAGGCUCUUUCCCUCCAAACCUCGCGUCGCCGACAAUGGCCUCCUGACGAGCUCUUUCUUCGCUCGCUGCGUGGCCCCGUGUGUGUUCUUGGUUGGCUGGCUGCCGUUCUUGAAUUUUUUUGGUUCGGUGGUUUCUUUUCCUGCUCCGCGCAGGCAGCUCGGGUGCUCCCUUCUUGGAGUUUACUCGUUUGAUGCGGCGGUGGUGCGGACCGCCGCCGCCGCCGCCGACGACGACGAUGGGGUUGUCUAGGUGAGCGCGGGAGGAAGCAGCCGGGAGGGAAUAGAAUGGAAGGGGACGAGCGCGCAGCGGCGGCGUCGGCGGCGGCGGGGAUAAGGCUGGUGCGGUGCCCCCGGUGCGACAAGUUCUUGCCGGAGCUCCCCGCCUACUCCGUCUACGUCUGCGGCGGCUGCGGCGCCGCCCUCCAAGCAAAGAAGAAGUACUCAGGCCAAGCUUCUGAUAACUCUGAUAAUGGCAAUGUGAAAUACCUUGAAGUACUAGAGAGUGUGCCGGAGGCACCUGAAGCGAUGCGUGGAGCUAGCACUGAUGACAGAUUGGUACCCAAUAGAAUUUCAUCUUUGCACAGUAGAUCAGUUUACAACCAUGAAGAUAAUCGAAUACCAAGAGGGCCAAGUACUUCUGGAGGUGAAGCUACUAUUAGAAAGGAUGGCAGGGAAGCAAAGUACAUGCGCAUCCUUAAUGGGGACAAUGCUGAUAUGAUGAAAUCAGCAAGAGGAAGAGGUAUAUCUGACAUAUAUCCGAGGUCUCCAAUCGAUGCCAUUCCACCUGCCUCUUACCAAGGAGAAGACUUUGUUGACUACCAAUUACAGUCGAAAUACAAAUAUUCCAACAGGGAGCAUGCCAAUGAUAGGGAAUUGGAUGGUCCAAGCAGAGUUAGAGGCCUGGAGAAAGACCGUGCUGAGAUCUUGAUGAUGCUUGAUGAGUUGAGAGACCAGGUGCAGCAAUCAUGUGAGGUUACUGAUGCUCCAAGUAGAAGUGCUACAACCAAUAGACCUGCAGAUUCCUCAAGUUCGCAUGGUACUCAUGAUCGGCCAAGUAAGUUAAGGCAUGACCAAUCUGUGUUGCAUUGGAAUGGUUCUCAUCACUCUCCAUCCUCGAAUAUGCCAAGUCCUAAUAUCCCACAGGUUCAUGCUCCAUUGCCUACAAGACAAAAUCUUCAUGGAUAUGCGGAGCCCAUUCCGCAUGCAAGAGCCUCUAGCUAUCCUGCGGGUGCUGCCUACUCCUGCAGAAAUUUUGAUAAUUUUUUCUUUGGACACCAUGAUCAUGAUCCUUUACUCUCAUGUCACCACGAAGGCUUGUACCAUCAGCCCAUUUGUUCUUGCUUGAAUUGUUACCACCGAGAGUUUUUGCCUGUACAGGGAACUCCCCUUGGUUUCAGUGAUCAAAGGGCACCAUACCUUAUGAACAGUUAUGGAGCAUAUCCUGUAGAAGGUCCCUUGUUUGGUCAGCAGAGAUACACUUCAAGAGGAACUAAUACUUCCUUGCAGAGGAAUCACCUGAGGAACAAUGUAAGCAAAAAGCCAGCACAAAUUUGUGAGCCAAUUGCAGGUGGUGCCCCUUUCACCAUAUGCUACAAUUGCUAUGAAGUGCUGCGAAUACCAAUGAAACAUUCCUCAUCAGGAAAGGAGUAUAAGCUACGGUGUGGAUCAUGCUCACAUGUAAUUGUAGUCAAGCUUGAUGGCAGCAGGCUUAAUGUCUCAGAACCUAUGCCUGGUACACAUUUAUCUGCUGAACCACAAAAUGUCAUUGGUGAUAGCAUGAGAAACACUUGGCAAGCUAAUGCUGAUGAGAGGUUGCUUCCACAAUAUUGCUUUUCUAUUGGAAGUCGCGGAUCUCAAGAAAAAGAUCUAGAAUCAAAUUCAAGUGAAUCAGAUAGUAAACAUACCCCUAUAGGGACUGAUUCUGAAAACACUCCCCAGUCCAGGGAUCUUCAUUCUGAAGCCAAUGUAGUUUCCCGUGUACCAAGUUUACCACAUCAUGAUCAUUGCGGAUUGUCACCAUCAGAGGAUUCUGUAGUAGGAAGUAGAAGUACCCAUUCUGAACACGAAAAGGCUAUAUUAUUAACUGAAAACUGCAAGCGGAACUCAAUUAAAGAUGUAUGUGUAGCCAAUGAGACACAGUCACCAGUCAAAGAGUUUGAUGAUACAAUAAAUUUUCCACAAAAUUUUGGUCACACUAGGUCUACAAAGCCAGGCGAUUCAUUUCUAACCAAUCUCAUUAAAAGGAGCUUCAAAAUGAACCAUGGAACACGCAAUGGAAGAGCAAGGGUUUUUGUUAAUGGUUUUCCUAUCUCUGACCGUGCAGUCAGGAAAGCUGAGAAGCUAGCUGGAGAAAUCUGUCCUGGUGAUUACUGGUAUGAUUAUCGUGCUGGGUUCUGGGGUGUUAUGGGGCAACCCUGCCUUGGCAUGAUACCUCCUUAUAUUCCAGAGUUUAAUUACCCUAUGCCAAAGAACUGCGGUGGUGGAAACACCGGCAUAUUUAUUAAUGGGAGAGAACUUCAUCAGAAGGAUUUGGACCUACUUGUGUCUCGAGGACUCUCUGAUUCUCCUGGCAAAUCUUACAUAGUGGAAAAUUCUGGGAAAGUUUCAGACGAAGUUUCUGGUGAAGAGCUUUAUGGCCUUGGCAAGCUCGCACCGACUGUGGAGAAAAUGAGACGUGGAUUUGGCAUGAGAGUUCCAAGAAUAAUCCAGUGACAACCUGACGGGCCAAUACAAUACAAUCACAAGCUCUGGGGAUGCUAGGUAGGGGACAAGCCAAUGCCAUAGCUGCAGCUCACAUGCCACAAUAGGGCGACUUAGUUUUCCAAGAAUACUCUCUCUAGUUUAGCUUGUGUCCUUCCUCCUUGUAGCAUGAUUGUUCGACUUGGAAAGAUUAUUUGAGGGGGAAAAAGUAAUCAAUUGAAUUUGUUUGGUUUGGCAUUCUAA